AAAAGAGUUUUAAGAUUUUGUUGUGACGUUUGAUUUGAGUGAAUCGUAUUAUUGAAGAAUUUCUCAAAAUAACUUAGAAAUUAAAGUUCAUACAUGUAUUCUACGCAUUUGGCCAAAAUUAGACGAACAAAUGACUUGUCUGUUUAAACAAAGAGAUCGCUCAUCGCGCAAAAGAUUUACUGUCUUGUGUUACGAUCUACGAUUCAACCUAAAUAAAACUACUUGAAAUGAUUUAAAUUAACAUCGUUGGAACACAUCAGGAUGGUGUCUGGAGACGAAAACAGCUAUGACUUAAUAGAGCAUCUACCGGAUGAACUUAUAAUAUUAAUCUUUAAAAACCUUCCACUGGAAUCAAUUCUGACCUGUGAGAAUGUAUGCAAGCGUUGGAGAAAAUUAUCUCGAGAUGCAUCAUUGUGGAGACAUAUUGUCAUUGUUUAUUCAGGGAAGCCCGGCCAGAGUGAAGUAAGUGAGCGCAAUCUGGAAAUCAUAUCAACCCACGGCAAGUAUAUAUAUUGCUUAAAAUUACAGUAUGUAUACAGUUAUGCUACUAUAAAAUCCAUUACAGCUAACUGCGACUAUAUUACUUCACUGGAAUUAGUGAUGUGCCGAGUUACAAAAGAAUUUGAAGAUGAUAUUUUGAGAUGGCCAAAUCUUAAAAAACUAAAUUUAAGGAAUUCUUUACUCAUGACCAGCAAGGAUGACUUAAUAGUGAAAUAUGAUUACUUUAAGGAGUUAAAUUAUUUAGCUCUAUCAGAUUUUGGAUUAAACCCAAUUAAUUGUGAUACUUUAUUGAAGUGUAAAUAUUUAAGUCAUAUAUUGAUAGAGAAAAUUAAAGAUCUGGAUGUAGAUUAUAUAAAAAAGUUAAUAAUAUCUAAACAAAGGAUACUGGUCACAUUUCACAUAUACGGAGGUGAUGCAGUGGAUGAUAAAUGCCUCGCCCUGUUGGCACAGUGUCCAGCUCUCAAGGACUUGGCGAUAAUAAGGUGUGAGAACCUUACCGAUGUUGGUUUGUUAGCACUUUCCAACCUGAGGACAAUACAACAUAUACAGAUAUGGAAUAACACUAACUUUACUGAAUUAGCACUACUGAAAACAUUAGGCAGCAACAUCUUUAUAAAGCUGGAAAGUCUUAGUCUUUCUAGGAUAAGAAAUAUUACACCAGUAAUAGUGGAUAUCAUUUCGGAAUAUUAUAAAAAUCUUAAAUUUCUGGCUUUGUACCAAUGUCCACAUAUUGUAAUGACUGAUUAUGAAAAGCAGCUGAAAUCCAAAUUUAGGAAUAUAGAUGUGGUUCUGUACUGACAAAAGCAUACUAUUGUAAGAUAUACUGUUUUU